CGGCUCUGGGAGAGGCGGCCGGUCUGCAGGCGUAUAAAGACGCUGCCAGGCGAAGAACCAGGAGAAGAACCAGGAGAAAAGAGACACUGUGAGAAGAAAGAAGGUUCCUUCUUUGUCUCACAGCUGCUUUUCACUUCUGUGAUUUCAGUGACUAACCAACAGAAACAGUCAGGAAGAUGAACUCCACAGCAGCUGCAGCAGCUGCAGCAGCAGCAGCAGCUGCAGGCGCCAAGCCGACGCCGCCAGAGCUGCAGCAGAAGGAGAGCCGGCAGUUCAAGAGCAAAGCCCCCAAACGAGGACAGAAAGGAAUCAACAGCCACGACCCAGCCAUGGAGGGCCUGGAUGACGCUGCAGUGGUUUGUCCCUGGGAGGAAUUCGGAGACGUGGAGCUGAGCGAACUGGCCCAGUUUGGAACCGUUUAGACCCGAGGAAGACUUCCUGCUGUUCCUGCUCCCCUUCAUCCUGAGGAUGAGGAGCAGAAACAUGUCAGAUCUACAAGCAGAACAAUAAACAUGAAGAUUCAUUCAUGGAGUCACACAUGAACAUAAAUGUUUGUGACCAUCUGUGACAGGAAGAAAACUUUACUGUUCAGAGCCUCACCACUUCCUGAUAGUGGAUGCAGCUGCUUCCAAUGAAAAUACAUAAUAUUAUAUUAAAAUCUGCCUGUUUGCAGAGAGGAUUAUUAAAAUCUGAUGGAUGUGUUGUACGAUGUCAUAAAAUAAGGAAACAAGCUGCAUUUAAUGUUCUCAGUCAUUCUGCUGUAUUUCACACAAAAGCACGGAAAUUUGUCCAAGUUCGCAAUUUUAAAUAAAAUUAUUUUAAUCACUGAA